GCUCUCCCUCCCCGCCUGCCCUCCGUCCCGCCCCGUCCAGCCCGGUCCGCCCGGCUCCCGCAGGCCCCCCCCCGCCGCCCGCGUUCCUAUGGACAGACGCACAGACACCUGCAGGAAAGACACUGCUGAUCCAGUAACAUGGAGGAUUGCCUUCAUACCUCAUCUGAGAAUCUGUCCAAAUUGGUCAGCUGGGCCCACAGCCAUGGGACCAUUUGCAGCCUCAUUCCAAACCUGAAACACUUGCUUUCGGAAGGUUCCCAUGGGAACCUGACAGCAAUGUGGGGCUGUAGUGCUGGCCAUGCUUAUCACUGGCCACUGACAGCCACUUGCAGAGCUGGGUCCCAAGAAAGGGUCUGUUUCCAAGAUAACAGAAGUUUUAACUCUGAUAGUCCGAGUAUAAUUGGAGUGCCCUCUGAGACACAAACUAGCCCUGUUGAAAGGUACCCUGGGAGACCAGUGAAAGCGAAGCUAGACUGUAAUCGGACCAGAGACUCUUGUGACUUCUCUUAUUGCAGUGAGCCAUCUGAACUGGAUGAAGCUGUUGAAGAAUAUGAAGAUGAAAACACCCUGUUUGACAUGGUUUGUGAGUCUUCUGUUACAGAUGAGGAUAGUGAUUUUGAACCCCAAACCCAAAGGCCUCAAAGCCUUGCUCGAAAAAGGCCUGGAAUAAUCCCUUCUUCUCUCCAUUCAAGCUCCCAGGCUCAGAUGGUUGAUGAAUGCAGCAGUGAUGUCAUCAUUAAGAAAAUCAAACAAGAGAUUCCUGAAGAUUAUUACAUUGUGGCAAAUGCAGAGCUGACUGGAGGGGUAGACGGACCAGCCCUAUCAUUGACACAGAUGGCAAAGCCCAAGCCUCAGACUCAUGCUGGUCCCUCCUGUGUAGGGUCUGCUAAGCUGAUUCCCCAUGUAACAUCUGCCAUUGGCACAGAGCUUGACCCACAUGGUGUGUCUGCCUCCCCCUCUGUGAUGUCCAGACCAAUCGUCCAGAAGACUGCCAGGGUAUCUCUGGCUUCACCAAACAGAGGACCCCCUGGUGCCCAUGGUGCCAACCAGCAGGUGGCCAUGCAGAUGCCUGUGAGCACAUCCCAUCCUAACAAACAGAUCAGCAUCCCUUUGUCUGCCCUGCAGCUACCUGGACAGGAUGAGCAAGUUGCCUCUGAAGAGUUCCUGCCCCAUCUGCCCAGCCAGGUCUCCUCCUGUGAGGUAGCCCUUUCUCCCUCUGUUAAUACAGAGCCAGAAGUGAGCUCCAGUCAGCAGCAGCCCCCAGUUGCUCCAACCAUUACCACUGAGGCCACGGCACAGUGCAUACCAGACCAGGAUGAAAGAGCAGCUGAGCUCAGCAGGGAGCAGAAUGAGAAAACCAUCCGGAGCACGCAGACCGCGCUCCGCAAUUUCCGAGAGUUCCUCAUCUCCAAGUACCCUUCGGAAACAAGAGAGAUUUAUGUCAUCCCUUGCAAGGAGCUGGAUGCCUACCUGGCCUCUUUCUUUGUGGAUGCUAGGCAGAAGGAUGGGUCUGAAUAUGAACCCAACAGCUUGGCCAAUUACCAGUGUGGACUUGAACGGUACCUAAAAGAACACAGGUAUGGCUACAGCAUCACCAGGGAUAAGGAAUUCAAGCGUUCCCAAGAGGCCCUGAAACAGAAGCAAAUUGAACUCCGCUGCAAAGGAAAAGGAAACAAGCCCCACAAGUCCAUGAAGCUCACCUUUGCUGAUGAGCUCAUUCUGCGGAAGAGGGGACUCCUAAGCCGCUAUAACCCUGAGGGUCUGCUCAACCUCGUCUGGCUCAACAACACAAAAGCUUUUGGGCACUGCACAGGCUUCCAUGGAUCCACCUUGAAGUGGGGUGAUAUCCGGCUCCGGGUAACAGAAACGGGGCUGGAGUACUUGGAGUGGAUGGGUCAAGACGCUGGUGACCUGAAUGCCAAAACCAAGAGAGGAGGGACGGACUCCCGUGUGUACGCCACCCAGCACGCCCCGCAGACCUGCCCCGUACAGGACUAUAAGGAGUAUGCCCAGCGGCGGCCUCCUGCCAUGCGCUACGAGGAUGCCCCUUUCUACUUGUCCAUCAAGCCGGUUGUGAACUUGGCGGCUCUGCAUUGGUACAACUGCCAGGCCCUCGGCAAGAACAAGCUGGCCAAGAUGGUGAAGACCAUGUGCGAGAAGGGCAACAUUCCCGGCAGGAAAACCAACUUCAGUGUGUAUCAGAGCUGCAGCACCUUGUCCGAGGCCCAGAGCAACCAGCUGGUGCUUAUCUGUAACAAUCUGAGCCAGCAGGCCGCCCAGUCGGUGGCUGGGCGCUCCAACAGCGGCAACUUCAUCGUCUCCGCCUCCUAUGACUCUUCCUCAGAUACUGCUUGACCAGGUGGCUUGAGCACAAUCCCAGUUGGGUUACUGUGUCCAGAGAAAGUGCGAUGAUGCACUGCUUCUUGUUCCCUUUCCUCUACCCUCAGUGUUAACUUUAUAAAAAUAGAAGUAUAUAAUAUAUUUUUCUUUUUACAGAUAAGCCAAUGGAGAUAGUUUAGUAUUACUAACACAGUAUUUAUAGGCUUAAAACAAAUGUACUUGUGGGUGAUUAAAUGUAAUUACUGUUAUAGACUUUACAAAACCAGAGUGGUUCUCAGGCAACACAAAGUAGAGAAGGAAUUCCGUUCUUUAAAAACUGUCAGAAAGGAAACUGAGAGGCAGCCUAGACACUUGUGUCCUCAGCUCCUGCUUUUCCUUCCCACUCCACCUCUCAUUUUUAGUCUACUUUUAAUAAAUGGCUUUAUUUUUUUAAUUUUUAAAACUCUAUUUUAAUCAGGAGGCGACAACAAUACUAAGUUUACUGCUUACACAAAACUGUAUUCAGUCAGAUCCAGAAUAUGAAAGUGUUGAUAGAAACUCCAUAUCAAAGUAUUUAUAUACUUUUUCUUUUUAGCUUAAUUAGAAUUUUAGCUCCGGUGCCUCAUUUUUUGCAAUGUGUGAAAAUCUAGAUGUUUAGCUAACAUCUUUUUUGGGGAAAAGGAGGUAGAAGGAGGGACUAAAGGUGCCAUUCUUUUUGAAAGAUAGAUAAUUUUUAAACAAUAAUGCAAAAUCUAGUAUUAUGGCAAAAAAGACUGUUACAUAGCUAAUUUUUACUGUUGCGCUCGAACCUGGAUGGGAUUUCUUUUUGUUCCCUAGGAAAUCAGUGUAAAUGAAGUUUGAUUAUCAAAUUUACAAGAAAUUUUAAACUACCAAAGCUUUGAAAAUGUUCCCAAGCAUUAGAUUGUGUAUCAAGCAAAAAGAGAAGAUAGGGAAUGGAAAAAGUCUUGCUAAAAAUCAAGAAGCACUAUUCAAGACAACAAAAAAACUCAUCGUCUUCAAAGCUCCAGCCCUUUGAAUUAUUUAUUUAUAAGCGUUAAACUUCAGUCUCUUUUCCCUGAGGGAUUACUUGACUCUGCAGUUGAGAUCAAAGGAAUAUUGACACUCAUUUUAGGUAACAUUUUGUUACCAGAUUUAGCUGAAUUCAAAGCAUUCUUGAAAAUGUGCAGUUUCUUCUACAGUAAAUAUGAGUUCAUUUAUCUGCAAUAUCCUGCAAUUAUAAUAAUAAUAAUUUUACUUAAACAGCUUUCUGUGGUGGUUUUUCCAAGGUCCUUAUUUUUAAGUCUGGAAGCCUGGGAUUAUUAGUUAAGAUAUUUCAAUAACAAAAUAAAUUUAGACAUUAGGACCGCAAUAAAGAUAAGCUAGAUUCCUAUCCUAUAUAAUCAUUAACACAUAAAAAAUCCAAAUCUUAAUUGCUUUGUUGGAUCUGGGCAUUCUAUUGGGAAGUACUUAUUCUUCAAGGCAACCUCAUAAUUCACAUUAGCUAGGAAGGUGGGUGGUAUUUUAUGUAUUAAUUUAUUGUACGACCAGGACAAGUUUCAUUUUGAUUUGCUUUGCUAAAUCAUCUCAUUAACUCAGCUUUCCCAUGGCUAGGCAGCUCUUUGCAACACUAAGUCAUAAACAUGUAAAGAUCCAGUCCUCUAGGCUGUGACCUUUCCUAUAUGAGUAAUAGUUACUAAUUGUAUGAAAAGUAGAAAAUAAAGAUAAGCAUGAAGAAAGCAAAAUAUAUAGUCAUAAAUCUGCUAGCCAAAAAUAACCACUGUUAAUAUUUUGGUAACUACUUCUGCAGACAUUUCAGUACAUACAUAUUUAUUUCUACAUACUUUAUCUUGAAUCCUUUCAACAACUUUGAAAAGAAGGUGAGUUAUCUCUAUUUUACAUUGAGAUCAAGACAGAUCAGUUAGAUUAUAGCUAAAGAGAUGGUACUGUCUGUCAUCAACUCCAGAGUUUGUUUAUUUACCCUUCUUGGUUCCAGCUCGUAAUUAGUUUCCAGUGAUUUGAGCCAGAGAUGGGGACACGGUGUCUUCCCAUCUCUCGAGGCCGGCUGGUUAAAAGGGAUGCUGAGUGAUCUUUCAUGAUGGCAUCUUGUGUCCUGUAGUGCCCCCUCUUCUGUUCAUUUUGAACCACAAGGCCUCUUUCUCCCCGUUCUCUUUACAAAACUUUCCUGUUCUCCUUAUUCUAUAACUGGUUUAAAAGUGCACAAGACAGCCUGCUGUAAAAUAACUCUUUUUUAAAAAAAGGUUAUUUUUACAUAGGUUACCUCUCACGUUAAAAAGGUUUCUGUAAAACACAAUGUGAUUGUGCGUUUUAUUUUUGCUUUGACAUAUUUUAAAAAAUUCUUGAUAUGUUUUUGACAGCAAAGUAAGUGCUUGUGGUGAGCAUGAAGGGCAGUCAGGAUGCACUGGGAAAGCAGAAGUAGGGAAUUUCGAUCCCUCUUUAUGUUUAUUGAGGUACUAAAAUGAAAAUCUCUCUCCUGUUUAAUCCUAUUGCAUUUUCAUUUAGAACACAGUUAAAUUGAGAAUGUGAUUAUUUUUAUUUAUUUAUAUUUUGCUUUGAUAACUCAAACCAAGUAGGAACAUUGCGACAUUUAGAUUUAGAAAACUGUUUUCUGAAUAAUGACUUGAUAGAAGUUUAGGUGAAUUACAGUAUCUCUUUGGUUAAUUAAAUUAUGAAAAAUUAUCUGCAGCUACCACUAAAUUUUGCAGUUUUGUAUAAACAAUGCCAAGGACUUACUACUGCCAGAUGCCAUGUUUAUUGUUACUUUAACUUAAAAAAAAAUCAUGUCCGUACUGUGGCAGUCAUAUAUCCCCAAAUCAUACAUGUGCUUUGGCAGAAAUUCAACAGUCCAGCAGGUGUUCACUGCAACUGAAUAUGCUGCCUUUCCAGGCAAUCCUGUGGUUCAUACAAAAACAGUAAAACCAUAUUUGCAAAGUUUAUACUUUAAGGUCAGUGUAAUGUCUUGUAAGAAAUUCUCCAGUACCCUUGACAUGACUCUGGAAGUUUUGCACUGUCUACAACAAAAAUGCCAAACCCAUCUGUCUGCAUUUGGAUGACAUAGCUGCAUAAUUCAAUUUUUCGUCUCUGUUCAUGUGAAUGAGUGGCAAUUGAAAACCAUGGAUGGUAGUAAUUUUUUGAAAACCAUAAUGUUUGAAAAGGUUAGAGAUACUCAGGAUGUUUAUUCAAUAUAGCUUAUUCUUAAGAUUCCAUUUGUUAUCAUGGUUAGCAGGGCUGGUAUGAAUAUGAUUCAUAAUACAUCAGCUAUUUAAAAUAUUCAUUUUAUAAUUAUUUUUCCCUAUGUUAAAUUUUCUUUAUGUUAAUUCACUUUUCCCUAUGUUAAAUCACUUCUUAUCUACAAAAAAAUAGUCUAAAUUUUCCAGCCUAGGUUAGGUCUCUGGUUUUUCAAUUAGAUCAUUGUUAGCUGAAACUUUUGUCACAUUAACUUGCCUGAGACAUGUGGCUUAGCUUCCAGAUGCCGUGACGUCAGAUGACUUCCUGAGACGAAAAUUUACAGUCAUAUCAACAAAUAUUUGAGCACCUAGUGUCUAGACUCUGGGAAGGGUACGAAGAUGUGUAAAAUAGUUUCCUGCUCUCAAAGAAUUUAGAAAAGAUACUGUAACAGAAGGUUCAUUUCAUUUUUGAGGGCCUAGCAAGAAACUCUAUGCCCAUACUAUUUUGCAGUUUUUCAAACUUUGUAUUCAUGCAGUUUGUCUGUUAUUUAGCCGUUGAAUAUGUUGGUUUGUAUAGAAUACAUAGUACUGCUUUGAAUAUUUUGUGGAGAAUCUUCCUUAGAGCCUGUUUUAAAAUCAGUGAAAAGGCAAAGCUAUUUUGACACCAUCCCUUGUGUUCGCAUAUGUGCACACAUGCGUAAGAAUGGGCAGAUGAACAUGAGUGCCUGUCGUUUAUUGAGUACUUACAAUGCACCGUAGUACUAAGUGCUUCUAUAAGUUAUUUCACUUAAUUCUCCCCAUAGUCCUAUGAAGGUAUCAUUAUUUCUCUUUUGUAAAUGAGGAAAUCCAGAGAAGUCAAAUGGUUUCCCACAUCACAGUUAAUACAUAAGAACAUCAGGAUCUGAAACUAGAUCCAGAUACCAUUAAACACUGUCCUUUUCUACUGUAGCUGCUUGUUCACAAAGUGACUUGCUGUGCUUCUGUAGACCCUCUUAAGUGAUAAAUUAUAAAUGACAUCCCUGAUGUAAUAAAGUCAUCAAUAUUCAUUCAACUCCCUGUUGACUGAGAGUAGUGCCAUCACCUGGCAUGUUUGUUAGCACAACGUUAUUUAGGCCCCAUUACUGGAGUUACUUGGAGAUGGGACAUUCAGCAGAGUUUUGUUUCCUCCUGGCCAUGAGUAGAGAGCAAAAUUUUGCGUCACUCAUUAAAGAACACUUAAUUUUGUCAUACAGGUGAGUGUAUAUGUGCACAAGUAAUAUUUUUAAAAGUGAUUGUCAUUUGUUUUUUACCCCAAAUAAAGCCCAACCAGAUUUCAAGAGAGUUCCUUGUAACUCAGACAGGGAAGAGGGGAGGUUCUAGGCAGAGGGAACACCUCUCAAGGCUAGAAGCUGAUGUUACCAUCCACCAGACACUCAACUACUGGUUGCUGGGGAGUCUGGUCUUGCCUGCAAAUUUGGUGUCAACAAAUUAACAAUAUUUAUUAGAGGAUUUUGUUGUUGUUAUUGUGGGUUUUUUAAAUUAGUCAAGAUUGUUUUUAACAGAAAGCUUUUGGAGAAAUAACUCUCCUUAUGAUUCUCAGAAUUAGAGAUGGGCUGUGAAACCAUUCAGAUUUUUUCUAGUUUGAUUAUCUCCACAGUUUAACAUAUUAGAGACAAACACUUCUGAUUUUAAUCAUCUUUCUUCUGACUGCUUUUAUUUAUAAGAAAGGAGUUUUUCGAUCUUUUUUCUCUAGCCAAAAUAAAGCUGUAAGACUUAGCAUCUAUAGAUUAAAAACUGUCUACCAUGUGGUAAAGGAAAUAAAUUUCCAAGCCUAGGGGAAAAAUCAAGGGGAAUAUAUGAUAAUUUGUUACAGUAAGGUAUUUUUUGAAAGAUCCAUUCAUGAAAAAAUAGAAAUAUUAAAGAAUUGACAAGUUCUCUAUCAGUUUUAAUAGAUUUUUCUCAAAUAGAAUUUCUUAAUAAUACAAGAUAUAUCUUGACAUGUCUGCCAUAUGAUAUGGUGCAGAUAGGGAGUUACUUAUUAAGAAACACGCCAUUGGCAGGGGCAUCCUCAAUUGUUUUUUAUUUUUCACUUAAUGCGUGAUAUUCAAACAUUACUUCUCUUCCCUACUUGGCUCUGGCUGAGAUGAUACGAAUGCAUAGCCUUUCAUAAGGCAAAGUGAUGAAGAUAGGAUGAUGUUUAAGAGAUCCUUGCCAUGGAAUAUAACUGAGAUAAAGAAUUAUACUGCAUAUAUUAUCCUUUGGUUGUUCGUGUGUUUCUAAUGAUAUAAAAACAGAAAAGGGGGGGGGGUAAACUGCCAACAACUCUGAUUUCUCUUUUCUAAACAGAGAAAAGAAAGAUAAUCAAAAUUUCUUAUCAUCCAUCCUAUUUGUAAAAUUGACUAAUUGGGCCUGCCCAAGCUGAAGGAAAGACCUGAUUUGGUAUUGAAGUUUGCAUUAUUUUUAAAAAGAUAACAUUUUAAUACAUUUAAGUUGAGUUUUUAUGUAAACCAUGACUUUGUUGAAUUAGAGUCAGAGUACUAAUUAGGUCAGAGUACUAAUUUGAUCAGAAUAUUAAUUAGGUGAGAGUGUUAAUGUUAGCCAUCCUCUUUGUUAAGUUAUAGUCCUAGAGGCUGGACCUGGAAAGGACCCCAGACAUCAUCCAGCUGGUGGUUUUCAGUGCCGUGAAGAAUAGGAGCCACCAUGUCCUCUUUGGGGGAGGAGGCAGCACAUCCUCAAACAGGGAUUCCCCAGGAAUCCUCACGCUCCCCAUGCCGCCACCCUCCCACUUUGAGACUCACUAGGCUGAAUGAGCUGUUACCUCUUACACAUCCUUCAUGCGCUGGGCUGGAAAAUAAGAUUGACAACGUCUGAUCUAAUUCACUCCUCUUUUUUUACACAAGAGGUAAACAGCCCCAGAGAGAUUACAUGAAUGCCCAGGUGCAAAGGCCUAGUUAGAGUCAGAGCCAGAACUAGAACCAGGCACCCUGACUUCCAGCCCAUAGUCAGAGUUUAGGGAGGAAAAACAACCCUACGUUUCUACCAAGUUAGAAAGGGUAUUCUUUUCUUGUUUUCAAGGUUGUAGUCAUUUUUUAAGCCCUGAGUCAAGUUUCUAUUAGUAGAAACAAGCUCCCUGUUUACAAAUAGGCUGUUUUUUGCAUAUGAAUUUUCGCUUUUCAUUGUGUAGUGUUAUAUCUUGAUUAUAGCAACUUCUUUUGAAAUUUGAUGGGUUAAUCUCUAAAGAUAAUAGUUCUCUUUCUUAUUUUAACAAACAUCUCUCAGCCUACCCCAUUUAUAUUUAGUUUUCAUUUAUGGAGAGGAAACAAACUUCAGUUUUCAAGUAUAUGAAUUCCAGUUACAGAUUAUAAACUAAAAAGUAACUUUUUAUUUAAUUUGCUGUUCAUUUGAUUACCCAGCUACCUAGCAUCUAUAUUAUUGGUUUUGAAUGUAGUCUACAGUAUCCUUUUUUAGUCUAUGGAAAAUUUAAAAAAUCAUCUUGAAGGUUUGGGACAUAUCUUUAAUCAAAAGGAUCAAAUUUCUAUCAACUUCUAUCAAUUAGGAUGUUUCUGAAGUGAAUUUAUUUAAAGAUAGAAAGGGGAAAGUAAAUGGGAACUAAAAGAGACCUAUAGCAGGAAGAUGUAGAAAUACAAAGUAUUUGUAAAUUUUCAUACUAUUCUGCUUCUAAAAAGGAAUUCAAGCAUAAAUGUUAAAAGAACUGCACAAAUUUUUAUUUUGCAAAUGAUAUUUACUAGAUCAUAGUUGAAUAAGAAAGGUGAAACUCUAGCAUGUAAAAAGGUACAAUAGAAUUAUUUGUCUUUCGAAUGCAAUGUUGAAUUUUGCUAGACUUCUAAUGUUCUUCUUUGUAUUACACUGGAAUUAGAGAGCAUUUUUACAUUAUACAUUCAUUUCAAAGACCUUUGAAAAUGCUUUGGCAUAAUUUAUUUAUUUGUGGUAAAUAGAUUUAGGAAGACAUCAGCAAUAUCAAAUCCUAACAGUAAUUGUGCAUACUGUAUUUAAGUGAUUUUUAUGCUUGUUUGCUUUCUGUAAUUCUUACAUUUUAUAAAUCAAAUACCUUAGUAUACUUCCACUAGAAGUUAAUUUAUAGUUGAUUAUUUAUACUGGAUGAAAUAGCAAGUCCAUUUUAGUAUUAACCACUCAGAUUAACUUUAUCUAACUGAAUUUUUAUAUCUACAAUCCAUUAUAUUACAACUUUUUAAAUAGCAUUUAUAACAAGAGAACUUUUGUUUUAUAAAGUGUUUGUUACAAAAAAAAAUCUUGCCAAAAACCAUGACAAUUUCUAUGCAUUGUGUAAUAUUGAGUGAUGUCAUUGUUGAGGUUUUGCAUGUCGUCGUAGUUGCCCUUUCAUAUGUGUGUUUGUGGUAUUUAUAUGGAAUUGGUAACCAUUGCUGCUAUCACUUAUUGUAGUUAAACUGAAGAACUGUGCUAAGAGGCUGUGCCAGGCAACAUUUGUAUGUGUGGUUUGUGAAAGUAUGUACUUAGUUGUUUAAUAUCUUGAGCCAGCACUUAGUGGCCUCUACAGAAGGAAAUAUUGUAGUUGUCAAGUGUUGCCACCUUCACAAUCUCGUUUCAUGUGAAUAAUUCCAGGUCACCUUUUCUUCUACACCUUCCCCAACUCUCUGAAAGGGAAAUGUUUGCAAAAAGAGAAAGCAAGAAUUCUGAACUUUUCCAGUGCUCUCCCUACCUUAAAUCUUUUUUUCCUUCCUGAUACUUGAGCACCUUACAGAGAAAUCCAAUAGAAUGACAAUGUAGCAGCAUAAUUUCCCUUGACCUGAAUAAUUUUUAGGUUGAACAGUGUAAUAACAGAACUAAGAGGUACAUACAUUAUUUUUGGUAGUUAUUAUGGCUUAUUGUUUGAAUUGCAUUUAAUAAGGAUAUUGAGUAUUUUCAUUUUAUUUAUAGGGGACCAUGGAAACCUCAGAGUUUCCAAAUAUUAACUUUUUUUUUGGUGAGGAAGAUUGGCCCUGAGCUAACAUCUGUUGCCAGUCUUCCUCUUU